CAAAAAAAAAAAAAAAAAAACCCUAGACCAGACUGGGACGAUCCCUAAACUCGCCGAGUUAAGCAAAUCUACUCGCCAGUUUCAUUGGAAAAGUCUAUUUCCGUUAGCGGUUUUAAUUCCCCCUUCUCCCUUUUUGGAUGUGAAGUGCUCUCUAAUUUGUUUCCAAUUCAUCUGAUUCAACAAUGGGAGCUAGCCGCAAGCUGCAAGGAGAGAUUGAUAGAGUCCUGAAGAAGGUCCAAGAAGGCGUUGAUAUAUUCGACAGCAUUUGGAAUAAGGUUUACGAUACAGAUAAUGCCAAUCAGAAGGAAAAGUUUGAGGCAGACUUAAAGAAGGAAAUUAAGAAGUUGCAGAGGUACAGGGACCAGAUCAAGACAUGGAUUCAAUCCAGUGAGAUCAAGGAUAAGAAGGUUAGUGCCUCCUACGAGCAGGCAUUGGUGGAUGCUCGUAAACAAAUUGAGCGUGAAAUGGAACGGUUUAAGAUAUGUGAGAAGGAGACGAAGACGAAAGCUUUCUCUAAAGAAGGAUUGGGCCAACAACCCAAAACUGAUCCCAAAGAAAAGGCUAAAGCUGAGACAAGAGAUUGGUUGAACAAUGUGGUUGGAGAGUUAGAAAAUCAGAUUGAUAACUUUGAAGCUGAGAUUGAGGGGCUAUCUGUGAAGAAAGGAAAAACAAGACCGCCUAGACUGACACACUUGGAGGCAUCGAUUACCAGGCACAAAGCACAUAUAAUGAAGUUAGAAUUAAUUUUGAGGCUACUGGAUAAUGAUGAAUUGAGUCCAGAGCAGGUCAAUGAUGUCAAAGAUUUCUUGGACGACUAUGCAGAACGAAAUCAGGAGGAUUUUGAUGAUUUUAGUGAUGUUGAUGAGCUCUACAGCUCAUUACCAUUAGACAAGGUAGAGUCUCUUGAAGAUCUGGUUACUAUUGGCCCUCUUUCCAAGGGUGCACCAGUUCUUAGCUUGAAGAAUUCAUUGGCAGCAUCAGCAUCUCAAAUGCCUAACACAGCCAGUUCUACUCAACAGCAGGGUAGUUCCUCCCAGGAGCUUGUGGAAGAUACAGCUUCUCAGGAUAGUAAUCCUGAGAUUGUUGUGAGGACUCCUCCUCCCAAAAGUAAUGCAAUUAGUUCUUCUGCUGCAGCAACACCAGUGGGUAGUCAUGGGACUUCUGUUUCAGUGAAUCUUCCAGUUAAUAGUUUCUCUGCUUUGUCAACUUCCACAGUUGGUCUUCCAGCUUCAACUUCUGUUCGAGGUGUCUUGGAAAACUCAAGUCCUGGUAAUUCUGCUUCUCCUAUUAAUCUGUCUAAUUCUACAAAAGAAGAAGAUGUCGCUGGCUUUCCUGGCCGUAGACCAUCUCCAUCUCUUGCUGAUACUGGAUUGGUAAGAGGCAUUGGUAAAGGUGGCCUCCCGAACCAGCCUUCAACGGUUGGCCCUGGAAAUUCAGUUUCGGGCAAUGGAUCCCUUGGUGCAGUCCCUUCAGUAUCUGAAGUAGCAAAGAGAAAUAUUUUGGGGGCUGAUGAGAGACUUAACAGUAGUGGCAUGGUGCAACCUUUAGUCUCUCCUCUUAGUAAUAGAAUGAUCUUGCCUCAGGCAGCCAAGGUUAAUGAUGGAACUGCCUCGGUUGAUUCUAGUAAUCCUAGUGAAGUUGGAUUACCUAGCAGAGCUUUCUCCCCAUCUAUGGUUUCUGGUAUACAAUGGAGACCUGGCAGUUCCUUUCAGAACCAAAAUGAACUGGGUCAGAUUCGUGGAAGAAAUGAAAUAGCACCUGAUUUAAGGGAGAAAUUUUUGCAAAAAUUUCAGCAAAUGCAACAGCAAAGUCACAGUACGCUUCUCAGCAUGCCUCCUCUUUCUGGAGGAAAUGCAAAGCAGUUUUCUGCACAACAGAAUCCACUCUUGCAGCAGUUUAAUUCUCAAAGCCCAACCCUCUCUCAAGCUGGCGUUGGACUUGGAGGCCAAGCGCCAGGUCUCAAUACUGUGACUUCUGCCAGUUUACAGCAGCAACAAAAUUCCAUUCAUCAGCAGUCUGGUCAGCAGCCGCUGACAUCUACUGUUCCAAAAGAUUCUGAUGUAAGCCAUACCAAAGUUGAUGAACAACAGCAACAACAAAAUUUACCUGAUGAUUCAAAUUCUGAAACAGUUCCCAUUUCUGGGCUCAGCAAGAAUCACAUGAAUGAUGAUGAUGUGAAAACCCCAUAUGCAGUGGAUGCAAGUGCAGGUGUAUCUGGAUCUUUGACUGAGCCUGCUCAAGUAGCUAGAGACAUAGACCUCUCUCCUGGCCAACCCUUACCAUCCAAUCAACCUUCUAGUGGUCUUGGAGUCAUUGGCCGGAGAAGCGUUUCAGACCUCGGUGCCAUUGGUGAUAACCUUACUGGUGGAUCAACUGCAUACCCUGGGGGAAUGCAUGAUCAAUUUUACAAUUUGAAGAUGCUUGAAGCUGCAUUUUAUAAAAUUCCUCAACCCAAGGACUCAGAACGAGCAAGGAGCUAUACUCCAAAGCACCCUGCAGCAACUCCUGCUAGCUACCCUCAAGUUCAAGCACCCAUUGUUAAUAACCCUGCCUUCUGGGAACACUUAAACAUGGAUGGAUAUGGGACCGGCACUGAUACCCUUUUCUUUGCAUUUUACUAUCAACAGAAUACAUAUCAACAAUAUCUGGCUGCAAAAGAGCUGAAGAAGCAAUCUUGGAGAUACCACAGGAAGUACAAUACAUGGUUUCAACGCCAUGAGGAACCAAAAGUUGCAACCGAUGAAUUUGAACAGGGAACUUAUGUUUACUUCGAUUUCCAUAUUGCCAACGAUGACAACCAAAAUGGAUGGUGUCAGAGAAUCAAGACGGAGUUUACUUUUGAAUAUAACUAUCUUGAAGAUGAACUGUGAUCCUCUAUCAUCGACUUUCUGGUGUUUCCCUAAGAUUGGAUGAAUGAGUUUUUAGUCAGGGUUCAGAUUCAGAUAUUACUAAGCAAGAGCGAAAAUUUUAGCUGAUGAUUGAUGGUUUGUGUUGCAUGUUUCUAGGUUUCAUGUUUCUCUGCACAAAACAUUGACAUUCGUAAUUGUAAGGUACUCUUUUCAACUAAAAAAGCUUAUUAAUCAAUGCGAUAUUUGUCU